UUAUUUCGUUUGCAUCAAAUAUCGUCCAACCAGGGGUGUAAAUACUAAACCCAAAUAUCACAAUUUGCUAACUCGCACGCCUGAAUUCAUCGCCUAACUCCGUCGCACUGAAACUCGCUCGGUUACCCCAUUCGUACAGUCGACCAAAACCGGUACACAUGGCCGCGGAAACCGGUGACACCAAUCUCGGCGCCACCAAGAAAUCCAAGGAGAGUGAGCGCCGUCGACGUCGCCGGAAGCAAAAGAAGAUCAAUAAGAGUUCUAAGGAACCAGAUGCAAACGCAUCUGAAGACGUUGACGACACGAAUGAAACCACUGAAUCACAACAGGUUGUCCAACAAGUUGAAAUUGAGUAUGUCCCGGAAGAGGUAGACGAAGGCUUGGAUGAGGAAUUUAAAAAAAUCUUUGAGAAGUUUAGUUUCAACGAGGUUACUGGUACAGAGGAUAAUGAUAAGAAGGAUGAGUCAGCAGAAAAAUCAAUUACUAAUAAAAAGGCAAACUCUGAUUCUGAUUCUGAAGAGGAAGAAAAUGAUAAUGAGCACAAAGAGAAAGGUGUCUCCAAUAAGAAGAAAAAGCUUCAACGCAGGAUGAAGAUCGCCGAGCUAAAGCAGAUAAGCUCAAGGCCAGAUGUGGUUGAGGUGUGGGAUGCUACUUCAGCAGAUCCAAAGUUGUUGGUGUUCUUGAAGUCUCAUAGAAAUACUGUACCUGUACCUAGGCACUGGUGUCAAAAGAGAAAAUUUCUGCAGGGGAAAAGAGGUAUUGAGAAACAGCCCUUUCAGCUUCCCGAUUUUAUUGCUGCCACAGGAAUCGAGAAAAUCAGACAGGCUUAUAUUGAAAAAGAGGACAGCAAAAAGUUGAAACAAAAGCAACGGGAACGCAUGCAACCAAAAAUGGGGAAAAUGGAUAUUGAUUAUCAGGUUCUUCAUGAUGCAUUCUUUAAAUAUCAGACAAAGCCAAAGCUGUCAUCUCUUGGGGACCUGUAUCAUGAAGGAAAAGAGUUUGAGGUAAAGUUGAGGGAGAUGAAACCUGGCAUGUUAUCACACGAGUUGAAAGAAUCUCUUGGUAUGCCUGAGGGUUCUCCUCCUCCAUGGCUUAUCAACAUGCAGAGAUAUGGUCCUCCACCAUCAUACCCUCAUCUAAAGAUCCCUGGCUUGAAUGCUCCCAUUCCCCCAGGAGCUAGUUUUGGUUAUCAUCCCGGUGGCUGGGGCAAGCCUCCUGUUGAUGAGUUCGGGCGUCCACUAUAUGGAGAUGUUUUUGGUGUCCAUCAGCAAGAUCAGCCUAAUUAUGAGGAAGAGCCAAUUGAUAAAACCAAACACUGGGGUGACUUGGAAGAGGAGGAGGAGGAAGAAGAGGAGGAAGAGGAGGAGGAAGAGGAAGAAGAAAUGGAGGAGGAAGAACUUGAAGAUGGUACUCAAUCAGUUGAUAGCCUGUCAAGCACACCCACUGGGGUGGAGACACCUGACAUUAUUGACCUUCGUAAGCAGCAGAGGAAGGAACCUGAAAGGCCUCUUUAUCAAGUCCUUGAAGAAAAGGAGGAAAAACUUGCUCCUGGAACUUUGCUUGGAACUACACACACUUAUGUGGUUGGCACUGGGACUCAGGACAAGUCAGGGGCUAAAAGGGUUGAUUUGCUUAAAGGUCAAAAGACAGAUAGAGUGGAUGUCACUUUACUGCCAGAGGAGUUGGAUGCCAUGGAGAAUGUUUUACCUGCAAAGUAUGAAGAAGCAAGGGAGGAAGAGAAAUUGCGGAGUCAGCGUGAGGAUUUCAGUGACAUGGUUGCUGAGAACGAGAAGAAGAGGAAGAGAAAGAUGCAAGAAAAAGAUGGCAAGUCCAAGAAGAAAGACUUCAAGUUUUAAGGUUGUUAGGCUCCUCUUUAUUUUGCAGGUAAAUGGAAGACAUGGAAGUUAUCUACCCCAUCAAAUUGUCAUUUUCCAUAAGCAACUGAGGAUUCGAAUUUAGAUCGCAUCUGUAUAAUACUGUUGUCUGCAAGUUGUUGUUUUGGAUAGGAAUAUUCUACUCAUGUAAUAUUAGGAUGAAAACCUUUUACAGAAUUUGGAAUUUGUUAAUAAGUCAGAUACUUAAGAGAUUCACAUCUUAUGUUUUGAUUUGAAUGAAUCCAUUUGGGAUAUUUUGCUGAAA